AUGGCGCGGCCACAGCUACUGAGCGCUUGCAUCCACGCUGUCAGCCUCACUGACUUUGAUGAAGUGCUGCCAUCCCUGAUGCCUUGCUUGGAGAUAUGUUUGAAUUCGACAUCCGACUGGCAGACCCGCAAGCAGGCUGUGGAAGUGUUGCAAGCUGUUGGCGACCAUGCGGAGCUUGGCCCAUCGCUUCAGAUCGCCACACCUCCAAGUCCGUCGACCCGCCCAACGCCCUUGCAGAAGCGGCUUUCUGCUAUGAUGGAGGGCUUGCGAGAUGACAAGGUUCGCGCAGUCCGAGAAGCGGUGAAGGACGUUUUGCUGCGGUGGUCUGUCACCGUGAAGGCGGCACCCAGCCCAACGUCCACACUCGCAGGAGAGAGGAAUGACAGGCCGCUGCGAUCCAGCAGCCCUUGUGCGGCACAGGUCGCAAAUGCAGAACGGGAGGCCCAGACGUGGCACCGAACCUCCGGAGUCUCUGUCCGGUCCAACAGUCCUUGCCCGGCCUCAGAGAAAGACCAGGUCCGGCUCAGCGACGGCUCAUCAGGUGCUCAAGGAUCCAGGCAAGGGAGGAACGUCCGAGCAGCCACCCGUGAACGAGAUCUGCGUGACAGCACUGGCCAGUUUGAUGGCAAGCUGGAGGAAGAUCGAAUUGUCGAUAAACAAGAGAGGCUCCAGGACGCUGCUGCUGAGAAGGUGGCGAGAAACAUUGCAGUGAAAAAUCUUCUGAGCAACGCCGACCUCAGCACCACCAAGAAACCCAGGCCAAAGCGUGAGCGAGUGUCCAUCUUCAGCCAGCCUGCAAACUCUAACUUCUUUCAGCAGUCUGCCAACCCGCACCCAGCAGCGAGCGACGACUUUGAAGAUGUUGUGGUUGGUAUGCCGGGCAUGGCUGCGGCGGAGGCCAGCGGUGCAUGCUGGUACCACAUGGAUACAUUUUGA